CUUGCCAGUUGAAAGUUCUGCCUGCCUCUCCAGGUAUGUAUAUAAUAUAUCUAGGUUAGAACACUUUUUUGAAAUAUUUAUCUUUGAUCUUCUUUAGUCUUCAAAUUCAAAUAACUUCAUAAUUAAAACCCUGGAACUCAUACUGUGAUCCAUUCAUCUACGUAUAAGGAUAUAUGAAAUUAUGCAUUCAUCCAAAAAGCACGCCCAUAGAAACCUGGCCUGCUUUGUAACUCACCUCCUUUUCUUUAGCCUAAUCUAGGAAAGACAGACAAACACCUGGAUGAUUCAUCGAAAAAGCAUCAAAGAUGGGUAAAACAAUCAUUCUCAUACGCCAUGGCGAAGCUGAGCAUAAUAUUGCUGACGACUGGCAAUUACCUGAUCCAGGCCUGACCGAGAAGGGCAUAGAGGAGUCAAAAGCUUUGGCGUCGAAGCUGGAGUUGAUAUUUCCACCCCAAUCUGAGGAGAAUUGUCGUAUAGUGGUCAGUCCUUUGAAAAGGACAUUGCAGACUGCUCACUACGGCCUCCGGUGGCUUCUGGACCGUGGUGUACCCGCGGAGGUUCGCGCCGAGUGGCAGGAAACAACGGAUAAUCCUUGUGAUAUUGGUGCUGAGCUUUCUGAGAUCAAGGAAGAAUGGCCAGACUAUGAUUUCUCAAGUCUAGAUCCUAUUUACCCGCAAAAGACUGGCAUGUACAAAAAUUCAGAAGAAGCGUUCCAAACAAGGGCAUCCUUCGCCAGACGUUGGCUCUCGGAGCGAAACGAGGAUUGCAUCAUCGUUGUCACGCAUUCAGGAUUCCUAAAGAGAGUCGUCAAAGGACCGAAAUUCCGGAAUGUGGAGUAUAGGACUUAUGAGCUUGUUGAAGAGUCGGGAGAGCUUAAGCUUAUAGAGAUUGAUACAUAACAGCGGCUACCGCAUCUUCGUUGGGUAGGAGUCCCCCUUCGGCCUUACGGUAUACAUCUCUACUAGCAAAGGCAUUUUGGGAGGAGAAUUAAGAAAGCAUAGGGAUAGGAACAUGAAUAGAAUCGAAGAUAAGAAAGGGGAAUUUGAUUAGUGCCUUCGCAAUGUAGGCAGAGGCAUGCGCGUCUUUGCCAGCAGAAUGGUUGCAUCAACCAGUCGUGGUUCAAACGACAGAAGACAGGCAGAUGGCAACAUUGCACAACCCCCUGAAUAUCCUGAAUCACGAGUAGGACAAUGGAACAGGCAAUGGAACAGACAUUAUGCAAUGCAACGGCUUGACUUUAUCAUAUGUGAAAAAAAGGCCUGUGAAGGGUUAAUGGAUGACACGUGUAUAGAUUCAGAUGUCACAUUGGAAGACUGCCAUGUUGCGAUCUUGGAAUGUGGCCGAGAUUUUACCAUGGGAACCCAAUGUUGUGAGUGUCACUGAAUUCCCUCAAACGAACGGCAUGUUAUGAUCUUGCACUAGACUCAGCUUUGAAGACGGUAGAGAAGAUUCUCGUCCUUGAGCAACCAAAUUUUAAGAAAAAGAUGAUGAGAAUCGGGUGUGCUGUUUGAAUGUGAAGAUUGGAAAA